AUGGUGGUGAUUCAGAAAAAUGCACACAUUAAUCAAGUGGCAGUGAUGCAACGGAAACCUAAGCGGGAAUACGCGUUGGCGAUUCUGAAGGACAUAGCGCAUCAGGUAUCGCUUUUGAUGCGAGAAAACAAGUUCAAAGUAGGUCAGCUGGUGGAGUUUUACCCUAAGAACAAGCAGCUUCUGGGGAUGAACGUGAAUGGCGGUGCCAAGAUAAUGCUGCGACUACGACAGCCGUUUGACGAGGACCAGUUUCUGGCUCGUGAACAGAUCUUAGGCACUAUGCUGCACGAGUUGACGCAUAACUUACACGGCCCGCACAAUGCUAUUUUUUACAAGAAACUGGAUGAGCUGAUGGCACGCCAGUGGGUCAUCGAGCAGCGUGGGCUCUUUGACGGAUUUAUAGGGCGUGGGCGUAAAUUGGGGGUACAACCUAAGGCCAAGAUCCCACCUCAAAGACUGGGAGGAAAUGUGCUCAACGGUGGAUCAAGACUGGUCCCAGGGCGCAAAUCCGCGAAAGAAAUGGCCUCGGAAGCAGCCGAGAAACGCGCCAAAGAUGCCCAGUGGUGUGGCAGGUCCAAAGUGGACGAGGAGCCCGCGGUACAGGAACUGGCAUUCAUCGAAAUCGACAGUGAAUGCGAGGAAGUGGAGCAAAGAGUCAGCAGUGAACAAGUCACUCACAAUGCAGACGCUGGACAACAAAAUACCACUCAAUGUUGGUCAAGUACAGCGGAAGGUCCGCAUCCAGAUGGUGAUAACAGCGAUGCCGCACAAGAGCCCGAGGUAAUAGACUUGACCUAG